AUGUGGUGCAGAGCAUCUGCUCGAGGGCAGCUGGGGCAGAAUGUGCAGAACCAGCUCCUGUACUACAGGGCCUCAGCCUUUCAAGUUGAGUGUAUCAGCGAGAAGCAGACACCAGGAACCAAACACAACUAUGAAUUAUCUUGUGGGAGGGGCAUAAUAAUUUUCAGCAGUAUUAAAAAAGAUCUAAUCUUUGAUGGCAUAUGUCAAGUCCAGAAAUAGAUCUGCAGCCAUUUACUUGUUGGUUGAAGCUUUAAGCCUUUGACCACUUACAUGUAUCAGGAAAGGUUAGUAUGAUUUGCCACAGAAAAGUUUGACCACUGUAAUUUGCAAGACUGUUAUGCCCUUCUGACCAAUGGCAGCAUCAGUGAAUUCGGAGCCUCCUGUGAGAGAACAAAAGAGAUGGUUGGUCAUGGCUGCAAGUGGAUUCUCAGCCAGUUCUUCUCCGACCUUCCCACCUGGGAUGUGGCUGGCCUGCUGCUGUGCCAUCAAAUCCAUCUCAUGAUUAUCCUCAUCCUCCUCACCAGGGCUCUUCACUCCCCAUUCUCUCUCUUUUGGUUUGAUAUUCUUAUGGAUGACAACUUGAAACCAUGCUUUUAGAAGUCAACUAAGUCCACCUUCUCCUUACAUUGUUCAACAGAUGUAUUAGUGAAGAGAAAACUUGUCCUUGAUAUUACUGAAUUGACAUACAUGACGAUGCCGCUCGUCACAGUGCGCUUGCAGCUGCGCGUGACGGUGUACGUGACGGAGGCCUUCACCCACCCUCCAAACACCUCACAGCAGGCCUUGCAGCAGGCCCGCCUCCUACAGAUGCUUGUAAAUUCAACAGCUAAUGAAUGGGCUGCGAAUGGCAGUGAUGGGUAUGCGACCAGCCCUUCGUCUUUCAUCCCACAGGGUGAAGUGUCAUGCUAUGAGGAAAAUGACACAAAGGACAGUUUGCGGCUGACUUGA